AUGUUGACGCACCUCACGACGGACUACGUCGUCACCGACCGGGCAGGUGUGAUUGAAAACCGGCACGCCGUCCACGCAGCCAUUGUCGACGCCAACGGCCAAGCAUUAUAUGCCGUUGGUGAUCCCUCAAGGAUAACCCUCGCUCGAUCCGCAGCCAAACCAGCCCAAGCAGCUGCCAUUCUUGAAUCCGGUGCCUUUGAGAAAUUUGAUCUCGACGAUGCGGAUCUGGCUCUGAUGUGUGCAUCGCACAGCAGUGAAGAACGCCACGUCUUACAGGCUCGUCGCAUUCUUUCCAAAAUCCAAUGCAGCGAAACUGACCUGCAGUGUGGUGGUCAUCCAUCCAUUUCGGAUUCCGUCAACCGCGCCUGGAUCAAAGCGGAUUUCACUCCUUCCGCAAUCUACAGUAACUGUUCCGGUAAACAUGCGGGAAUGCUCGCUGCGACCAAGGCUCUCGGCGCUGAUAUACAGAGCUAUCACUCGCCAACGAGUCCAAUCCAAGAGAGGAUCAAAGACAUGGUCGACGAGCUUUGCCAGUUGCCGAGAGGAAGCUCGCUAUGGGGCAUCGAUGGGUGCAACUUGCCUGCGCCUGCCUUCCCCUUACAUCGCUUGGCGCACAUGUACGCUGCUUUUGCCGAGGCAGCCGGUCAAGUCGAGGCGAGCGCUUCUGCGUUGGAUUCGCGCACGCGGGCGCUCAGCCGCGUGUUCAACGCCAUGUCUUCAUACCCAGAGUUUGUGGGCGGAGAGGAUCGCUAUUGCACUGUCCUCAUGCGCGCGUUUCCGGGGAUUCUGAUCGGAAAGCUUGGAGCUGAUGGUUGUUAUGGAAUCGGUCUCAAAUCGUCGUCUUUGGCGAGCGAAUCAUCUGGUCCAUCGGCUGUCGGGAUCGCUGUGAAGAUUGAGGACGGCAACAUUCCAAUGUUGUAUGCUGCGGUCACAGAGAUUUUGUUCCGUCUUGAGGUUGGGCAUUUAGAGAUGCGAGAACAGUUGGCUCGGUUUCAUCGUCCACUAAUUAAAAACACCGUUGGAGUUGUGACUGGAGAAACGACGCAUAUGUUUAAGCUUCGCAAGAUCGGCGAGGAAGAUGUUGCGUGGUCUCGAUGA